AUGCAACAUGACGAACAUAUCGCCCGCCCGACUCAAGAAAUUGAGGACCUACGUAGCGAACUAAAUCGGGUUAGGGACCUGACCAAUUUAUCUGUUACACUCCAAAGUCCACCUCCUGAACCCAGAACUGUCGCGCCAAAUCCACCCCGUUUUUCAUCGCUUGAAUCUCCAGUCCCUGAACACUUUCCUCCACAAAAUACUGCAUCCGCCAAUAACAACUUUCCUCCAAUCACUCCCGUCAACCCACCAAAUCAAUCACAGGUCCACACUCCUUAUAUUCCGCUGCCUACCAGCACUAAUCCGCCACCUACAACUACUCCUCUGAACCAACCAAACCAACUGCCUACAAAUACCGCUUACAACACACCACCACCAGUCCAAAACACUCCCACUGUCCAAACUUAUCCAACCCAGCAUAUACAAGGGGCACAUUUUGCCACUCCCAACACACAAUAUGUUCCUCCGGUAUAUGCAGCGGAAACACAAGCCUAUACCAACCCAAAGAAUUCGAGUUCCGGCCGAAAUAGAUUAAUAUGA